AUGACAGAGUUUCCGAUCUCGUGUGUGCGUUGUCGUAGACGCAAGAUCAAGUGCAACAAGCACUACCCCUGUAAUCAAUGUUCUAACAAGGGAUUCCGGUGCGAGUUCCCUGCCAAGUUUAGAAACAGAUCCAUCGAUGAAACUGUUGCUUCACGUGCAACCACAGACUCCAACACAGAACUGACCACCUCCGCCUCGCCGGUCGAUGUGCAGAGGUUGGUGGAUGAAAUCGAUCGGUUGAAGUUAGAGAACGAGCGCUUGGAGCGGAUCGCGCAUCAGUCAAGUAAUGAAGACAUGUCUAGUCCUGUCAAUUCCGAGCGCAACAUGGCUAGCAAUGGAAAAGGUAAUGAAGUUGAGGGUGAAGAGGGGAAGGCGUUCGAGAUCUCGGGCGAGACCAGCGAGCUGGGUCAGAAGUACUACGGGCCGUUGUCUUCAAACACCAUGGUGGAGUCGCUUCUGCUGAUUCGCCAUGAUGACCUGUCCUGUGAGAAGCACCAUCAGCAUAUGUGGACCAGCAACCCCAACAAGAUGAAUUCAGAUUCUGAGCAGCCCAGCCACGCUAAUAGGGAUCGGGGCAACUACGAUUGCCCGAAAAAGCCUCUUCCAUGGGUGUUGCUGGCCGAUGAUACCGAUGACAGAAAUAAGGCAGUGAUUAAGAAUUUGGUCGAUUUCUUUUUUGAGCUUCCGAAGUACCACUACUUCUUGUCUAAGCUGGCAGUCUUGGAUUUCAUAGACUCUCAUGAAUUUACUCUGGAUGACGACUGGGACGGUGAUGAUGAUUUGCUCCUUUUGCAUAUGAUAUUGGUGCUCGCUAUUCGCAGAAUGAGUCCAGCGCGUUACAAUUUAUGUGGUAUCACAGAUGAUCCAGUUCGCUCUGCUGAAGAAAUGUACAAGCGUAUUGACGACUUGGUCAAAAACAGAUUGGCAUGGGGUUAUCUGAAGCUUCGCCACAAUUUAAUCAGCGAAACCUUCAUUACCGUUCAAUCAUACAUUCUAUGCGCUGAGCAUCAAUUUAUUGAGCAACGCUAUGAGGAGUCCUGGUCAAUGUUGUUCCAUUGCUGUGCAGUGGCUUUCAGUAUCGGGUUGCACGUGGUUGUCAACAUGGACGCUAUACCGUCAAACCAACUGUCUAGAACUGCGGCCAAUAAUGUUGAUAUCAUCCCUCAAGACGCUAGCAUGAGCAGCGACGGAACCAUCCCAACACCUGAAAAUGAUAAUCUGUACCACAUUUCGAAAAUCAAGACCUGGUUUGCUCUACGAAAUAUCACUGGCCACGUUUGCUCAAUUUUAGGCCGUCCAAACCCCAUUUUGAUCCAGUUGAGUCUGAAGGUGUUGCUUAACUUGAAUGUUCCAAACGACCCAAAUUCAAGCUCCAGCAACAACACGACAAUGAUCCAGUUGAAAUCUGGGUUGAGUGAAUGUGUCCGUUUGCUGAACCUCAUGUUGAUCGAGAGUUAUAUCAUGAAUGUGUCGGAACAGGAAGUCUUGAAUUUGGAUGUCAAGUUCAAGGAAGAAGACAAGUAUUUGCAGUAUUUCAUUGGGACGGUAUACCAAACUGAGACCGAGAGUAUACAGAAGGAGACCCAUCCAGUGACUGAACUUCCUUUGGUAGUGGACAAAGAAGAUGCCUUGUCCGACUUGAUCAUUUUGCACGUUAAUAGGAUCAAACUACUUGAACGAUUCCUGAGCAUUCUGAGCGGUGCAUCGCAAUUAAGCUUGGGACUCAUUACAGAAUCGGUAAUCUCAUUUAUUGACUUCACAUGUGAAUUCGUGCAGCAGUAUGUGGAUAAAGAGGUACCACAAUUCUUAGACGAGAGCGGAAAGCUCAUAACCGAGGAUAUGAUCGACAAAGUGUUUCUGUUGAAAUUCCCAUUUGUUAGCGCGUUCAUUUACCAAGGUAUAAUUGUCGUCUUCAUUCUUCUCAAUACCAAGGCCAACGAGCUUAUUCACAGUGAUUCCAUAGACUUCUUGAGUAAAAUUGAUUACAAGGUCAAUUUGCUUCUUGAAAUUACGUGCUCCGAUUGCAAUUUUGGAAGCGGCCCGCUCAAUCUUUGGUCACCAAACAUCUGCUAUCUCAUGAAACAAAUUUUGGACCGGAAAGACAAGAUCUUGAAACAGUACAACGACUACAAGAGCAGUGGCCAGUUCAACCAACAAUUCGAAGAAUACGAGCUCAAUCCAAGCCUUAACGAGAUCUUUAGAAUGUCAGGCGAAGAUCCAUUCUGGGCCACAAACAGUGAUACUGCUCCAUUCCUUCUUGGAAUGAACUCGUUUGAGUAUGGUUUACCCGAAGAACAAAAUGAGCAGAGAAAUAAUUUUGGAGGAAGCUCGCAGUGA